UGUAAAUGAUACAUAACAUUAUCUUUUGAAAUUUAAAAGUAAAUCAUUCUUUUUGAUACUUCUGAGAAAUGUUAUUGUAAUACCUUCUCUUUCUUUCAGCAGAUAAUCUUUUUAUAAGAACAAAAUGGAAAGUGCCAGUACACUGACAACACUAGACUAUUCUAUAUUUAGUGCAAUCGUCAUUAUCUCCCUUGGUAUAGGUGUUUACUUCUCAUACAAAGGGCAGAAAACAACAUCUGAAUUUAUAGUUGCAAGUCGACAAAUGAAGGUUCUACCUUUGGCCAUAUCUCUAAUGGUUUCUUUUGAGUCAUCUAUCAUGAUGUUAGGAAUGCCAGCUGAAAUUUACACACAUGGAUUAUCCUAUGCGAUUUCAAUGAUAGGAUUUUCCCUGUCUCAGUUGAUUUCAGCAUUUAUUUAUGCACCGUUCUUCCACAGACUUCAAAUUACCAGUGUUUUUGAAUAUUUAGAACUUCGGUUUCAAUCCAAAUCUGUACGUAAUGUUGGAACACUAUUAGGAAUUCUGAGUUAUCUCUGUUACCUAGGAAUUGUCUUGUAUGGACCUAGUAUUGCACUGGAAGCAGUGACACAAUUCCCAAUGUGGUGUUCCAUAAUUAUAGUAGCACUAUCAUCAGCAAUAUACACCUCACUGGGUGGAAUGAAAGCUGUUGUGUGGACAGAUGUGUUUCAAAGUGCGAUUAUGUAUUCAGGAAUGGUGGCUGUCUUUAUAAAGGGCUGUAUGGUCUUGGGAGGAUUUGGCAGAAUCUGGAAUAUAGCUAAAGAACAUAACCGACUUUACUUUGAUACUGGUUUUGAUCCCUAUACUCGCCAUACAGUCAUAAACUUACUUAGCUCUUCAACACUCAAAGGAUUUGGCCUAGUUUUUAAUCAAUCUUCUAUCCAAAGAAUCUCGUCUACUCAAACAGAAAGUGAUGCAAGAAAAAUAUUGUGGAUCACUGCUCCCAUAUUUUGUUUAACAACCAUGUUUGCUAUCCUUCUGGGAGUUAUUGCCUUUUCUUUCUUUCAAACCAUUGGUUGUGAUCCAUUAGAAAGCAAAAUAAUAACAAACCCUAACCAAGUUAUGCCACUUUUUGUGCUCAAACUUUUUCAAAACAUGUCUGGUGUCACAGGUCUCUUUAUAGCUUCUGUCCUCAGUGCUUCCUUGAGUACAUUGUCAUCAGGACUGAGCAGUCUCUCUACAAUUACUCUCAUUGAUUUCGUGAAACCUAAUAUAAAACAUCUUUCUGAUAGGACAGCCACAAUAGUAGCCAAGUCUGCAGUUUUUGCUUAUGGAUUAAUAUCUAUUGGUUUGGCCUUUAUGGUGUCAUAUGUUGGAGGAUCACUAACACAGAUAGCUGGGAUUUUGAUAACAGUUUUUAGUGCACCACUGACAGGACUCCAGUUCUAUGCAACACUAUUUCCAUGGGCAAAAUCUCGGGGAACAUUAAUAGGAGCAACUUUAAGUACUAUCAUAACGCUAUGGAUGGCUGCUGGAGCUAGUUUUUCUCCAACUCGGCUGAUAACACCCUUUUUACCUCCAGCAUCAAUUGACAAAUGCUUUUUACCAAACACAACAUUUGUUUCUGUUCAGAAUGAAACAGAAUUAUUCAUCACUACAGAAAAAACAAUUCUUUCUACAAAUCCACAAGAAAUUCAUGGUCUUGACAAAUUCUAUUCCUUGUCUUACACACUAAUUGGAGUCAUUGGAAUUGUAACAGUAAUCAUUAUUGGAACCAUCAUUGAUUUUCCUUCAUACAACUCAUCAGAAACUGAUUACAGAUAUGUUGUUCCAGUCUUUAGGAAUAUAUGUUCUUGUUUACCAAAAUCUCUCCAGGCUUCUUUAGGAAUCACUUCCAAUUUGGAAACACCAAUGGAAAAAGCAAAAAAUAAAAAUUAUCCAACUAUGGAGAUCAAAGUAGUGAAAGAGUCUAAAGAUGUUCAUAUGUAUGUUAUGGAAGAUUCUCAGACACAUGUUUCUAAUAGCACGUCAGAUGGUGCUGAAAAUAGUCUUACUACUCAACACUGAAAGCUAACAAAGAAGUAAUAAAUGCAGAUAUAACAACAAAGAAAAAAUAUUUUCAAAUUUGGAGUAUUUAAGAUUUUUAUAAAGCCUGAAAAUUCAGUUGCAUAAAAAAAAAAAAAUAGAAGCAAAAUGAAAUGCUGAAAAGCAAAUGUAAGAGUAUUUAUAGUAUAUUAUAUCUAUCUGCAAUAAAUAUUAGUUGUAUGAUGAAACUUUUAA